CAGUUGCAUCCUUCGCUCAACAUUUUAGGACCAAGCGACCGAUCCGUUUGGCCGCAGUUAUUCUCGUUCAGUGAGCCUGAAAACAGUCCAGUUUACAGGAUCGGAUAGGGUCGCAUCGCAAUGAAGAUAAAGUCCUGCCUCACUGAUCUUCCUGUUUCAGCGAUUCUGAGAGUUGCACGCCUCCACUGAUUGCACCUGGAAGAUCAAGUUCACCAUAAGGGAAGGGUGUUCCUCUUUAUCUUGUCGAGCAAACUCGCCUAACUGUGUUUACUUCACGAGCCGUCUGGAAGAUUCGUAUCGAUUAUAUAUCCAUAACUACUACAUUGGGUGCUUGGGCUGGCUUUAUCAUCAUUGUCAUUGUGAAAGUACGAGUCAGCGAGGAUUAAAAUGCAGCGAAUGCCCUUACUCAGGAAAGCAUCAUAUGGUGGCUCAUCGCCGACCACAGUCGACCUUUCGCGGUCAUCAUUCGAACAGGAAGGCUUAGGCAUUUAUGCGAAAUACGACAAGGCAGCAGUUGGGACUGAAACAAUCAGCCAUCCUCCCUCGGGGAAAAGCCCCUCGGCUUUUUAUCGUCAAUCUACAAGUGCAAUGUCCCAAGCGUCCACAGCCAGCAGUUCGGCCAUGAAUAAACCAGGCUCACAAUAUGUUCAUCCCAUGCGUCUCGCUCCACGUGCUUAUACGCCACCAUUAAAUCAAUCGUGCCAAGCAUCCAUACUUGAGAGCGAUGAUUCUCCCAAGGAUCCAUUUGCGGGGAGCCAUUCCCCGACACAGUCAGGAUUAGAGUCCUUCAAGCCGGGCACAACCAAUCUAAGCAAGACACCCCGACUAUCGCUACAGACUCAUGAUAGCUCUUCCACGAGGUCGCCUGGGGUUUCUCAGACGAAUAUAACCGGCCGUUCAUCUUUCGGAUACUCACGAGACAACGGAAGCACCUUGGAUACAACAUCACCGGUAUCCCGGUCAUCUUUGGAUUUCGUUUUCCGAUCUAAGACGCGUACGAGCAUGGACCCUAUAGCUAGGGCGGCUACGGUACAAGCAGCACGUCAGGCUUUCGAAGAGAAGGAGGCAGCUAAAACAUGGAGGUUUGAGGCUCAACAGAUGAAGGCAGAGGAAAAGCAAACAAAGCAAAGGGGGAAACAGCAUCUGCAGACCAGGUUCACGGGUGAUGACGUAGAUCUGGAGGACGGACAAAAGGAGGUAUCUGACAAGCCGCAACCUUCAACUUCGCAGUCAGAAUCAUGCCCAGAGACCUGGAGAUCACAACCUAAAAAUACAUGGGUGCUCUUUUUAACGUGGUUACGAACUAGGAUCUUCAAAUUGCGAAGAAGGAUGCGAAGAUUAGCGUGAAGUUGAUCUAGAAUAAUUAGACAAACGAUAGAACAGAAUGCAACGGAGGGAAAUGGGGGAGAUAAUGAACUGUUGCGAAGACCCAGCAGAACCCCAGCGAAGUUUGUCCAGCAUAAGUGAAAGUAAGCACCGAACA